CAGAACUAGGAGCAAUAAAUGAAUGAAUAUGUAAAGAGUCAAAUGUAAGGGCGGUGUCAGGAAAACAAAAAGCUUUCCAAAGAGUGGAACGGGUUACCUAUAGACAGCUCCCAGUUACUGCACAAACUGGAUGACUGCUCCCAGGGGAUGCUGUAGUUUAAGCAUCUGACACUGUCGCCCCGCCCUCUCCCCAACCAAUAACUAAACAGACCGCCUUCAAUUGGUGAGCUUGACAGACGACAGGAGAAUUCUCUCCACUGGUAGGCUGAAGCUGCUGUCACUUGGCCCGAGGCAGGCCCUAAGCUCGGCGCGAGGCACCCUGGGAGCUGUAGUCCAGAGUAUCGCCCGUCUCCCGGGAGAGAAGCGGCGCAAGGACCUGGAGUCCCAGGGUCCCCCGCGUGUAGAGCCCUCAGGGGCUUCCGUCGAGCGAGCUGAGCGGAGCUGAGCGUUGCAGAGAAAAGCUGACUGGGCACCGGGACAGGCUGGUCGGGUCGGGGCUGGAGCAGCUCCAAGUGAUUUUUCAGACAAACAGAGAUGUGAGCCUUAGAAUUCAGACCUGCACUGGAGCAAGGCUGUUCUCCCCCCAAGACAAACGAUGGCCACUGUUCUUGCCCCAUCAUAUCAGGAGGAGUUCCUAUUAGUGAAACUGGAGGAAAAUUCCUGCCUAGGUCAAGACUCUAAUCUCUGGGGAUAUGACCCUGACUCUGAAGCCUCCCGCCAGCACUUCAGGCAGUUCCAGUAUGAACAGUCUGCUCAGCCUCAUGAAGUGCUCUUCCGACUCCAAGAGCUCUGCCGUCUGUGGCUGAAGCCAGAGAAACGGACAAAAGAGCAGAUCCUGGAGCUGCUGGUCCUGGAGCAGUUCCUGAGCAUCUUGCCAGAGGAGCUGCAGGCCUGGGUAUGGGACCAUCAUCCCAAGAACACAGAGGAGGCAGUGACCCUGGUGGAGACUUGGCAAAAAGAGCCCAAGAGACCAGAUCAGCGGGGACAGGAAGUGCUUUCUGAAUUGCCAGCACCCUUGGGUACAGCACAGGAAUCACGAAGCUUCCAGUUAGGUUCAGCAGAGAUCAAACCAGAGAGAGCGUCCCAGGAGAAGGGAAUACAGAGCCCCUACUGGGAAACACUGGAGCAGCUGAGCCCUCUGGAGGAGCCCAAACCCCUGCACAAGAGUGACAGUCUGGCUCCUCAGGUUUCUGCCCUUCCUAAGAUGAAAAGCAUUGGUGACUACAAGAUGGUAGCUGAGUCCCGGGAAGCCCCAGGCCAUGGAAACCCUGCUCAGGACCUCUGCAAGGACAUCGAGGGAGAGGAUUGUGGGAAUGAGCUCUUGCUGGAGUUUCCAGUUCCCAAGUCCAACAUCACUUUGCCAUUACAGCAAGGAAGAGACCCACGGGACCCAAAUCUCCAGUGCUCUGAGGAAACAGAGAAUCCAAGAGACACCCACACAGAUGAAGAACAAGUAAGGUCUGGCCCAGCAUUUGCCAGGAAAGACGUGAAAAGCUGGGAGGAGCAGAAACAGUGUGAUGCAGCAGACACAAAAGUCUCUGGAGUCCUCUGGAGCUAUGAGGAAACCAUGACAUUUCUUGCAAUCCUUGGUGAACCUCAGUUCUCAGAAAAACUCCAAUCCCGUCGUCAAAACCGCCAAGUAUACAGAGCGGUAGCUGAACGGCUGCGGGAGCAGGGUUUCCUGCGGACAUUGGAGCAAUGCCGCUACAGAUUCAAAAACCUCCAGACGAGUUACCGGAAGGCAAAGACUGGAAGAGCCCCAGAGUCAUGUGCCUUCUAUGGGGAGAUGGCCACCCUACUGAGCACCCACACCUCUGCUUCCUGUCCUGACACCUUGGGAGAAACCUGGGAUCCUUCUCUACAAAGGGACAGCAGUGUUGACACUGAGGAACCAGAGAACCAGGAGCACGAGGAGGGGACAGAGGCUUGUGAUGCCAGUGAGACGAUUGACAAGGAACUGACCCAUAAGGGCAAGAUGCCAGGCACCCAAGGCCCAUUCUCUGGCUGCUGGGAUCCUAAAUCCAAAGUGGCCCAUCGAGAGAACUCGAGGAAAGGCUCAUGGAACUCAGAUCGCCAUAGACUGGAGGAAAGGGAGAGCAGCAGAGAUUCCCACCCCAAAGAGGAAGAAGGAAAACCUUGUCAGGCUCCAGCAAAGAAGGAAGUAAAAGACCAGGGGGACCAAGAGCUGGGCAGUGCAGAGGACGAGAAAUAUGCAGGGGUACACUGGAGCUAUGAGGAAACCAAGGUCUUUCUGGCAAUUCUCAGUGAGACUUCAUUUUCUGAAAAACUCCGGACCUGUCACAGAAACAGCCAAGUCUACCGCGCCAUCGCCAAGCGGCUGCAGGAGCAUGGCUUCCUCCGGACACUGGAGCAGUGUCGGUACAGAUUCAAAAACCUCCAGACCAGCUACCGGAAAGCAAGAACCAGCCACCCCCCAGGGACCUGUCCCUUCUAUGAAGAGAUAGCAGCCCUCAUGCAUUCCCAGGCUGCCAUUAAACCAACUUACUCUAUGAAGGGGAUCAUCUGUCCACUCGGGGGGACAGCUGGAGACUCUGACUCCCAGGGACAGGAGCCAGAGGACUGGCGACGAGGGAACCCUGGAAAGGGGGCCACAGCCAAAGACCGUGACAGAAAGGUGUUCACCCGGGAGCCCAAAGGCCUCAGAGCUGCAGCGCUUUUCCAGAGUCGAACAGGUGUGCACUGGGGCUAUGAGGAAACCAAGGCUUUUCUGGCAAUCCUCAGUGAAUCUCAGUUCUACGAAAAGCUCCGGACUCGCCACCCCAACCGGCAGGUGUACCGGGCCAUUGCUGAGCGGCUGCGCGAGAGGGGCUUCCUGCGGACGCUGCAGCAGUGCCGCACGAAGUUCAACAGCCUCCAGACGAGCUACAGGAAGGCAGGGAACAGCCGCGCCCCGGACACCUGCGCUUUCUAUGACGAGAUGGAUGCCCUGGUGAAUGCCCGAGCAGCCGUAGCAGCCACUGGAAUCCUGAAAGAGGUAGCACCCCACCCUGGGCAGGCAGGCAGCGACGCUGACCCCAAAGAGCAGGAGCGGGACAAUUGGCACAGUGAGGAGGCACUGGAAGAUUGUGACAGUGAUGAAGCAGCCAUCAGAGAAGCCAAGAGUCCUGGGGUCCCUGCUCUCGUCCAAGUCUCAGCUGAGUUGAGGAUCCAGAGUGAGAAUAAGGAAGAGACUCAAAAACAGGGCAUUUCUGAGAAAAGGCAACCCUGGGAAGCAGAAGGAGAUGUAACUCAGCUUCUUCACUGGGGGAAAAACUGUGAAAAUGAGUACAAACCAGAGCAACCAUGGGAGAGAGACCUCAGAGAAAGACAAGGAAAACUGACUGCCAAAGAGGAUUUACAAAAUCCCACCACUCAGAAAGGAUCCUCUGCAGAAGGAAAGCCAUACAAAUGCCUCGAAUGUGAGAAAAGUUUCAGUUGGCGGUCACACCUGGCCAUGCACCAGAGAAUACAUACAGGAGAAAAACCCUAUAAGUGUCUCGAAUGUGGAAAAAAUUUCAGUUGGCGGUCACACCUCAAUACCCACCUGCGAAUCCACACAGGAGAGAAGCCCUAUAAGUGUCUAGAAUGUGGAAAAAGCUUCAGUGAUGGGGCAGGCCUCACUGCACACCGGAGAAUCCACACAGGAGAGAAGCCCUAUCGGUGUGAAGUGUGUGGCAAGAGCUUCAGGCUCAGCCCCAGCCUGGUUGUGCACCAGAGAAUACACACAGGGGAGAAGCCCUACAAGUGUAGUGAAUGUGGAAAAGGCUUCAACAACAGCUCACAUUUCAGUGCCCAUUGGCGUACCCACACGGGAGAGAAGCCUCACGAGUGCCCUGAGUGUGGGAAGAGCUUCAGUAAGGGCUCUGCCCUCCACAAACACCAGCGAGUUCACGUGAGGGAAAAGCUUCCUCUGCUGCCCAGGCUCGACUCUACAGCAGAAAGCCUGCCUGGGAAUAGUUCUGUAAACAGACUGGGUUUGGGGAGACCUUCCAACAGAGAUGACUGCUUUUGAUCUACCUUGGUUUUAUUCAGGAACAGUGCUAAGCUCUGAUGGAGUGGGAAGAGCACUGUGUUGGAAUUCAGACCUGGGUUCUAAUCCCAGCUCCACCAUAACUAAUCAAGUGACCUUAAGCCAAUCAUUUCCUCUCUCGGAGCCUAUAAAUCUGUAAAUGUGAGAGAUGGACAAUAUGCUGUCCAAGGUUCUUUUACUCCCAAUACUCAGUGAUUCUAACUCAGUGUUUCUUUCUACUUUGGGAGAGGGUUUUUUGUGUCUGAAGCUAGACUCACCAGAUGGGGUCUAAAAUUGGGAAUAUCUAAGUCCCCUUCCCAGUGGUGCCUUUACCUCAAUGCAUGCAGUUCACCCUUCCCAUGUGCCUCAAUUUUAUUGCUGAUAAAAUGGGGGAAAGUAAUCCUAAUCACUCAAAUAUGGUUUGUUCUUUUGUACUUUCACCCAGAAAGGGAGCCUUAUGCCCUGAACACCUCCAAGUCUGGAAGUCUCCUUUCCUCUUACCUUGGGUUUUAUCAGUGCCUCGAUCCCAGAAAAAAUAUUUCACUACCACUGGGAUGGAACCAUUAAACUUUGGGAUUCAGAGUAUCAAGGAGGAGUCAGGAAAGAACAAGAGGGAUGAUUUAGGAAUUCUGAGUAUUUUUCACUCAGUAUGAAAGAGUACUUAUAAAAUGUGGAAGAACUGGUUAAGAAUAUAUGCAGGUUCUCUCUCUGUCUCUCUCUGUCUCUGUCUCUCUCUCUCUCCUCUAAUGUUGCCAGGUCUUUUACUUGGAGUUUUUCUGAUGAUAGCAGCACUGGGCUUGUAAGGACAAAUGUAGGUUAAUAAAUGGAACUUUAGGGUUUGGUCGACUGAAUGUAUAAAGAAACAUCUUAACCCUGGAUAUGGGAAAUGUAGAAAGUGAAACUCACUUCCACUUCCCCAUGUUAACCUCAAAGAAUGCCUUAGACUAUGGUGAAUGUACUGUGUGUUCCUUUUGUUAUAUUAAUAAAAUUGAAUCUAUUGCUCUAUGUGGUUCUGGAUGAUGACAAUUAAAGCAUGAAGAAUUUAGAUAGCAUUUGGAUGGUUAUGAGAAAAUUGUAAGAAUGCUGAUAAUGCUGGUCCUAAGAUCUAAACGCUUUGGUUGGCAAGCCUCCAUCUCUUGCUUCUAAGGUCUCUUCUAGCUUCUAAAUCUAUGAUCUGAUGAUUCCAAGUAUGUUUGAGGGAGGGAGGAAGUCAAUCUUACAUAAUACCCACAUUUCUACAGUGUUUUUACAGCUGUACCAUCUGGAAUUUUCCUUUCAAGUCAAGCUCACAUCUCUCCAAGGCAACAUUGGCAACAUUUGUAAAUUGCCAACAGUGUCUUAAAAUUUCUGACAGGCUUUUACAUCACUCAUGCGUGAAUGAUGUAAUGUGGAACACUGGAGUCAGAGGACCUAGGUCCAAAUCCUACCUCACCCUUACCUAUGUAAACUUGGACAUGUCACCAAAUCCCAUAGGCCACGUUUCCUUAUCUGCAACAUCAGGAGGUGGGACUAAAUAACUUCCAAGGUAGAAGUUCUUCACCUUUUCUUCCAUAAUCAAAGCCCAUCUAGCCUCCACAAGAUAGAAUCCCACUCCUGUUUUAAUGAUCAGCAAAGGCUGAUGACAUCAACAUUCUAUUUGGAAGCUGAAGGCCCAUUUAGUCAACAGGGUUUUCCCUAUCUACAUCCCCCUCCCCUACCACUGUCUAGUAAAUCCCAAUUUCCUACUCCUUCAAUCUGUGUGAUUCAUUUCAGUCUAACAAAUGUAUUGGGGAUACAAAGACAGAAAUGGAAGUGAUUCAGACCACAGCUUACCUAGUUUAAAACAUCUAACCCACACUUACUCCUAUCCAACUUGGUCUACAGACCUAUGUUCUUCUGCUGUACCCCCUGCCCCAAUCUCCAUUGUGACCUGCUACCAAUAAAAACUUUCCCCCAUUCUUGAUCUUUGGUAUUGGAGAAAUGGAUUAAUCAGUCUGCCUUCUUGUUCACAUGCACUAGAUGAUAGCAGCAGCAGCAUGAGUUGCUCCUCUCUCUAUAUAUAUGACCUAGCUACAUGUUCUCCAGGUGUGCACUCCUCCACAUGUACCCUGAACAUACAUGCUUCCUAUUUAUAUGCCCCUUGAUAAGUAUUCCCUGAUCACACAUGUCAGGUACUCUUCUACACAUGUGCCCUGACCACCAUAAUCCCUACACAUAUACCUUUCCAUGUGUGUUCAUUCUUCUCACUGAUACUGUUUGUGGGAGGGGUCCUAGAUUUACGGGGGGAAUGUUUUAUUGCUACUUUUCUUACUAUGCCAUCUCAUUAAAUGCUUUGCUUUUAACUAUGUCUGCUGGCUGCCUGCUAAAGAUAAACACAUGGAUAGGGGUUUGUGAGCUACGGUUUUAGGAGAUAUGAAUCCACAAAGUACCUUGAAACUAGGGUUGUCAUUCCCUUAGGGACAUACUUGUGAGCUUGGGGCCCCCAGGUGCUACACAAAAUGUGCAAGGAACAUAAAUUAUUGGGUGCCUCCUCCUCUGCUCCUUGCAGAUAACUAGACAACAGGUCAAUCCCACAGGAACCAGUGGGCUUUUAAAGUGUGUGAAGAGGGAAGCCCUAGUGUGAGUCCCAUGGCAAGGUAGAGAAGUGCUUCUUGAUGAAAUCCAGGGGGUGUGUGUGUUUUUGCUUUUCAGUGUGAGUGAGCUAAGCUAGGGGUAAUUACUGGCUCCUUUCUCAGACUUUGUCUCCUCUGAUCUUCCUAGGGUCUCAACUGUAAUUGUUCCUUACAUUGUGGCAGUUUCUUCUUCCCCUUUCCCUUUCAGUUUAAAAGACCAUUUGAUUAGAUUUGUAAAGGAACCAGACAAACACAUUCUUCAUAGCCCUUCUUAAGUCCAUCUCUGGCCAGGAGCCUGGCUUUCUUAAAUUUUAAGCCAUGGCCAAGAAAUCCAAAUCCCAGUCCCAGAAACCAUCUUCUUAACUCUCUAUUCACUUCCUGUAUCACCAUCAUUCAUCCAGAUUAUUGUUGUCCUUCCUCUGCAAGGGCACAGAGCUCAGAAUGAGCUACAUUUCUUCUACUCUGUGUGAGUCAGGUACAUAAAGGCAGGAGGGGACAGAGGAAUCUGUGACCGCACUCUUAACAGAAGAAGCCACUCAAGUCAAUAUCUGGAAAAGAUGGAGGCUCUGAGGAAUGCUGAUGGGGAGAGGUACCAUUAACAACUAUUCUAUUAGAGUAAUCUCAAACCUUGGACUCAUGCACCAUUUCCUACAGGUGCCAGGAAUAAAAUUAUUCCAGGAUGGUCCCUCAAUCAGAAGAUGAAGCAGAGGCGCAAGAAGGAAAGGAGUUGGGGAAUUGCUGGAAGCUUUCUUGGCUAGCAGUUUCUACGCACCCUUCUUCCCAUGCUAUGGGUGGUGCCUCCAUCAGGUUCCACAUCAGCUACCUACAGGAGCACUAAAAAAGCUUGUGACUGAGGGGAGAUGAUGUGGGUGUAUAUGUUUUGUUCUUUUCACCAGAACUAGCUGAUUUGUUUAAGUGUAAGAAACUCCUGACUCUCAAAAAUUAGGUGGGGUUUUUCCUUUUUGUUUCCAAGUUAAUAUAUGUAGCCAGGGGGUAGAUUACCACCUUAAUCUGUUAAGCAAAAAUGAAGUUUUUCAUUUUUUUAAAUUAGCAAAGCAAAUAGCCACUGAAAUUCAUUUGUUACCAACUCCUAAAGAUGUGGGAUUACUAACCAUAUUCAAUGUGAAAAUAAUCAUUUUCUUUUAUUAAUGGAAAAUGUUAAAACUUCUUUUUUUGAAAAAGCUAUGAGCUUAAGAAACAUUUUAAAAACAUGUCAAUUAUUUUCCAAAAACUGGCAAUGGAGCUUUAGACUUUUAGAGUUAUUUGAGUUCCUAGCACCAGAUCUCUUGAGACCCCUAGACUAUUCUGUGUGAAGAGCUAACUGGGUGAGGGCACAGUAGUGUCUAUAAACAUCUCAAUUUGCCAGAACUCUCCAGCAACUACUGAAGGCUAAGACAAAGUGAGUCACUGGCAUUAGAAAUCCACAAUGACAUCUCAGUGUCCAUGUUCCAGGGACAGUACCUAUAUGAAGGUCCCCAAACAUCCCAAGCUUCCUUGAGACCCCAGAAGAAUUAGAAAUUGUCUCAGAAUGGCAUUGCUCAGGAACCAAGAAAAAAAAAAUGACUGAGGUUCACAAUCCUUUUAAUGUACACUGGAGAUUUCAAACUAGUUGUCUGACGAAUGGCCUGCUUCCUCUGCCCUAUUGGUUCCAUCAGCAGUCAUUCUGGAAGGCAACUGAAUCACACUAAACUUUGGAUGAUGGUACUCCAGAUUUUCCAUCACAUAAACAAGUUUCUUCAUUUCCAAAGCGGCCCAGACCAUAAAGAUUCCACCAGGUUUCAAUUAGUACUGAAGAAACAGUUCUCUCUCAGCAAGGCUAAAGAAUGGGAAUGGAGAAAUCCAUCUGCAUACAACAUAUCAAUGCGAUCUUCCACCAACCACUCCUCUGUCUUAAUAAUAUUAAGACAAUCACAAGGACUAAAUUCUACUUUAUUAAAAUAAUUAAAGUAAUUAGGCAUUAUUUUUAUUCCUGGGCAGAAUUCCAAAACAAGUUGGCAUGGAGAAUAUGAGGUAAUAUCACCAUCAGCAUUUCCCCCAUACUCUGCAGAAAUACCUGAAUUCAUGGAACACCCCCACCACAGUUUCAAAAACAAACCAAAGACC